CAUUAAAUUACGUUAAUUAAUAAAAAAAACAUUUCGUAUUAAAAUUGUGAUACCUAAUCGUUAAAAUAUCCUUUACGUUUAUAGAAUGCCCAAAACAUGUCGAACCAUGUAGAAGCCCUACAUGAUAUGGAGCAAGUAAAGGAGAGAAAUCCCAUUCCGCCGCCAAUACCACCAGCAAAACCACUACGUUCGCAGCAAUAUAGUCUAAAUAGUGAACCGCGGAAAUGUUUGUCUAAUAUGCCUAACCAUGAGCAUGACCAGUUUCAAUCAUUGAGUGAUAAACAAGCAAUUUACAACAAUAUCGUUAAUAACAAUCCUACACUAACUGCAGUAUGUCACCCUUUGCGCGAUCAGUCUCGAUUUUGCAAAAGCUCGCAUGCAUUAAAUUAUCCAGCAGAAAUGCCUAUUGGUUGUCUAAACCCAAAAACGACCAACGAAAGAGUCCUGCUUCACAACACAAACGAGUUUAACACUGAUUCGUUUCCGCACAUGUUGCGACAACGAAGCCAAACGGAAUGUUCUCCGCAAUGGAGCUUUCAACCUGCGAAGAAACCCAGCGGGGCAAAUAAUAAUCGACAUUGGUUGAUCCAAGAGGCCGAACAGAGACGAAUCGAACAGCAGGCAAACAUUUAUCAUUCGACAGCAGGGUACACUCAGAAUGUCCCUAGAAAAUCGCUCCCUGACUCUGUGAUACAGACUAUAACGCAACGCGUUCAGACUCUCGGGAUUGGUACCGACCGCCGUUGGAGCUUCGACAAUCCUAACAACAUGACUCGUUUGCUCGCAAAUGAAAUGAAUGUGAAUACAUCUAGUGCACAAAGCAAUAAUCCCAAUGAAAACGAGGAUAAAAUUCUUAGCGUGAGUGGUAAAAAAAAAUGUUCACAUUGCAAUAAUGAGUUAGUUCACUACGGAGCGUCGGAUUGAGGUGCUCUUUGUUGCGUUGGGUUCGUAUAAGCCCACGGAAGGUUCUUACGCUAACUAAUUGACACUUUGGCCACUCUGGAACCGAUUCCGGAAAAUCUUCAGAUUGUAUGGGAAAAGCUGCGUAAAAUCAAAUUUUGAUCACAGCAGGCUAAAAUAGCAAACAAGCAAGAAACGUCAGGAAACAAAAAAAGGGCAGAACGAAGUUUGUCGGGUAAGGCUUGUUAACAUUUAAAUUUUCACGAAUUUUCAUAUCCCUUAAUCAUCAUUUUCGCUAAAGAGCAAUUCCAGCUCAAAUCAGGAUUUUUUCUGGUACUUUUGUACCCGACCCUCUCCAAUUUCAAUGAAACUUUGUAGACAUGUUAUCCUACAUAAGCCAUUUUUGUGUAUAUGGAGCCAAUAGUACUCGAAAAUAAAAUUUGAGAAGGGCGUAAGGUAUUUAAAUAUUUUUGUAUUUUGUAAUUUAAAAAAUACUGUAUCUCAAAGCCGUUG